AUGGCAUUCGACGGCACUUGGAAAGUUGACAGAAAUGAGAACUAUGAGAAGUUCAUGGAGGCAAUGGGUGUUGGCAUGAUGAAAAGAAAGCUGGGAGCCCAUGAUAACCUGAAGAUCACCAUCCAACAAAAUGGGGACAAAUUUAAUGUCAAAGAAGCCAGCAACUUCCGAAACAUAGAGAUUGAAUUUACUCUGGGAGUCAACUUUGAGUACAGCCUGGCUGAUGGGACUGAACUUACUGGUGCUUGGACCCUGGAAGGAAAUAAACUUGUGGCCACAUUUACCAGAAAAGACAAUGGAAAAGUACUUAAGGCAACCAGAGAAAUCGUGGGUGAUGAACUCGUUCAGCUGUGUGUUGUGCACAUAAAGCACAACAGAAUACACUAUCUACAUGAACUUUUCUACGUUUGUUCCAUGUACAAGUUCCGACUAACCUUCAAGGAGAAGAGUGGAUCUUAA